AUGACAGACUCACCACCCACAGAGCCCCGAGCUCGCUCAAAAUCACCUGCUCCUCGAGAUAGAGACGACCGAAAAGGUCGCGACGACCCGCCUCGUGAGAACGCUGAGCGUCGCCAGCGCAGGGACCGCAGCUGGUCGCGUGACCGCAACAACAACCGCGACCGCAGAGAUUCGCCCCCGCGCAGACCCAGAGAUCGAUCGAGAUCACCAGCGCGAAGGCCCAGAGGAUCAGGCGGUUUUAAGUGGAAGGGAGAACGCCGAGAUAACGACAGAAACCGUGACUUUCGCAGACGUUCACCACAGCGACAUCGGGAUCGCGAUGAUGGCAGGGAUCGCAACUACCGUCGCGACGACCGCCGCGACGACCGUGGUGGUGGCCGUGGUGGUCGGGAUCGACAGAGAGAUGGAGAUAGAGAUCAAAGAAGAGAGAAGAAGGAGAAGAACGAGGACAAGCCAAAGGCCCCUGCUCCCCAAGGAGGAGGCGAGGAGAUGAUCAUCGUCAACGUCAACGACCGUCUGGGCACCAAAGCUGCAGUGCCUUGCUUAGAAUCGGAUACCGUGGGACAGUUGAAGAUGAUGGUUGCUGCGCGCAUCGGUCGUGAUCCGGGUCAGAUUAUUCUGAAGCGACAGAGCGAGAGACCGUUCAAGGACCAUAUUACACUAGGAGACUAUGGUAUCUCGAAUGGUGUACAAUUGGAUCUGGAGAUCGACACGCGUGAUUAG